AUGCCAAUUUUCUUCUCAGUGGUGCUGCUUACCCUAGCAAGAGGAUCAGAGGCUGGCGGGAUUGCCAUCUACUGGGGUCAAAACGGGAAUGAGGAAACUCUAGCACAGACUUGUGCUUCAGGAAACUAUGACUUUGUGAACAUAGCUUUUCUCUACACUUUUGGCAAUGGCAGAAUUCCCAAGAUAGACCUUUCAGGCCAUUGUGACGCAUAUAGCAAUGCCUGCAUGUCUCUAAGUGCUGACAUAAAGUCUUGUCAAGCCAAGGGCAUUAAGGUCAUGCUCUCAAUUGGUGGAGGUGCAGGGAGCUACUCACUUGCAUCCUCAGAGGAUGCUAGACAGGUUGCCAUUUAUCUUUGGAAUAACUUUUUGGGGGGAAACUCACCUUCUCGUCCUCUUGGUGAAGCUGUCUUGGAUGGAAUUGACUUUGACAUUGAACAAGGAACAAACCAGCAUUGGGACGAUCUUGCCAGAUAUCUCUCAGGAUACACCAGCAAAGGAAAGAAGGUUUACCUUACAGCAGCUCCACAGUGCCCUUUUCCUGAUGCCUGGCUUGGAAAUGCCGUUAAGACAGGCCUUUUUGACUAUGUCUGGGUUCAGUUUUACAAUAAUCCUCCAUGCCAGUACAGUUCUACAGAUAUUAACAAUCUUGAAAAUGCCUGGAAGCAACGGAUUGCAGACAUCCCGAGCACAAAAGUUUUCUUAGGGCUGCCUGCAUCUCCCCAGGCGGCUGGAAGUGGUUUUAUUCCUGUGACUGAUCUUACCUCAAAGGUGCUCCCGGCUAUCAAAACCGCUGCAAAUUAUGGAGGUGUCAUGUUAUGGUCCAAGUACUACGAUGAUCAAACUGGAUAUAGUUCCUCCAUAAAAAGUGAUGUCUAGAGACUAGAAUCUUACAACUGCAUGCCCGUGCGUUUAUAGUACGCAUCAAUCCUUUUGUAUGUUCCUCCCUUAUAGUUGUACAUGAACAUCACUCUUGAAUAUAAUACCCCAUUCUUCUAAUGCAUCUAUGAGAAUUGCUUUAAGAAAUCAAAACAUUUUCUUCGAAAGUCCAACUGCAUCUGAUGACAACGCUUAGCAAAUCCAUAGAAUAAACGGAGUGUACAAAAUAUAUACAUGGCUGAAAUUUUGCUACUUACAACAGCCAAUAUAGAUCCUUUACACACUUACUACUACAUUGGAGCACAAAUAUACGACAGCUUUAUAUGUCUAGUUCAAUACUUCAGCAUAACAUUCACAAU